AUGGCAAGACAAGAACAGUGCAUUACACUCGAUGAAGUUUGGGGAAAUUUGUUGGAUGGUAUUGAACAGCUUUUUCAAUUUCAAACUAUACGAUACUCUAAAUGGAUGUUACUCUAUACUUAUAUUUUUGAUUAUUGCACAAAAAAUUCCGAUGUGAAGGGUGCUGAUUUAUAUGAAAAAUUAAGAGAUUAUCUAAGAAACUAUCUUGAAAAUCUUUGUCAAUCCAAUACUACUUUACCAGAUCAAGAAAUACUUGAAUUUUAUACCCACCAAUGGAAAAAAUAUUGUAUUUCUUGUAAAAUUUUACAUGGUAUUUGCUCAUACAUUCAUCGACACUACAUAAAACGUGCAAUCAAUGCUGGCAAUACAAAUAUACAUGAGACUUAUCCAAUGGCCAUGGAAAUGUGGCAGCAAGUGGUUUUUCGACUUUUUUAUACUAAAAUCAUAAAUUUUUCUUUGAAUUUGAUUAAAGCCGAACGUAAUCAAGAGAAAAUCGAUACGGAAACUAUUCAUAAUAUCAUUCAAACAUAUAUCACCUCUUCUAUCAAUCAGCAUGGGUCUACAUCGGAUACGCGUAGUCAGAUAUUAGAUGUUUAUCAAGAGUAUUUUGAAGAUCAAUUUCUUCAAGAUACACAAGAAUUUUAUCGACAGAAAGCGACAAUAUAUCUGCAACGUAAUUCAGUUAUGGAUUAUAUUUCACUGGUUUAUUCUAAUUUUAUUUUGAAAUUAUAUGAAGUCGUCAAAAAACUUGAAGAAGUUCUUAUUAUCGAACAAUUGCAAUCGAUUGAUGCUGAAGCAAAAAUAUUAGUACACGAUGAAAAAAUUCCAGAACUAAAUCUCGUGUAUCAAACUGUUCAUCGAAUAGAAAAUGGCACAGACAAGCUGAAAAAUAUGAUAGAAAAUCAUAUCUAUCAAAUUGGCAUUGAAGCUGAUCUCAAAAUCUACAUCGAAUCAAUAUAUAAUCUUCAUCAAAAAUACCUUACAUUUAUUCAAAAAGCUUUUGAUAAUCAUCAUGAAUUUAUUGAUAUUUUCAAUCGAACUUGUCGGAAGUUUAUUAAUGAUAAUCUAUUCAUUCAAACUAUUGGAAAUCCAAUCAGCAUGGUUAAGCAUCUAGCUCAUUAUUGUGAUAAACUUCUUCGAAAAGAGAAAGAAGAGACGAAUAUUGAAAUUGCCUUCCAUCAAAUAAAAAUUCUGUUGUAUUAUAUGCACGAAAAAGAUGUUUUCGUAAAUGUAUAUUCCAAGCUAUUAGCAAAACGACUGAUUAACAAAAUCAAUAUUUCAAAUGAUCAUGAACAAUUAAUGAUUUCUACUAUCGCAACAACAUGUGGUUUUGGCUUUGCAUAUAAAAUGAAACAAAUGUGUCAAGAUAUUGAAAUUAGUGAAACUAUACUUGUUAAAUACAAUCAAUACUGCGAAAACCAGCAAGUUGAUCACAAAAUUAAUUUUAGUGUAAUGAUUCUGAAUUCUAACACAUGGUCAUUCUCAACCCCAUCGAAUAUUAUUCUUCCUAAUAAACUCGAAACUAUUCUAAAUAAUUUCAAUAUGUUUUAUAAAAAUUUACAUAACGGUCGAAAACUUACGUGGCUUCAUCAACAUUCUAAAGGCGAAUUGCAAACCUUCUUUACGCAGAAAGUGCAUAAAUUACGAGUAUCGACAUACCAAAUGGUAAUACUUCUUUUAUUCAAUGAUUCACUGGAAUGGACAGUAGAACAAAUUCACGAUCAAACACAGAUUACAAUUGAUUUAUUAAUAUCUAUUCUGAAUGCAUUAGUGCAAUCGAAGAUUUUAACAUGUACACAAUUCCUACAUCCAACGAAUUUCGAUAUGAAUUGUAAAGUAAAAUUAUCAAAUGAUUUUAAGAGUGAUAAAUAUCACAUUAAUUUAAACACUGGCAUACAAUCGACUGAAGAAAAAAAUAUGGAAACUUUUCAAACUAAGAUUGAUCAAGAUCGAAUAAUGAUUAUUCGAACAACAAUUGUACGAACAAUGAAAUUACAUCAGACAAUGCUUCAAAAUGUAUUAAUUCAAACGGUUAUUGAACAAUUGCGCUCACAUUUUAAUCCCGACAUUUCUACCAUCAAAGGUUGCAUCAAUUCUCUGAUUACGAAAGAGUAUCUUGAAAUCAAUUCGCAUAAUAAAGAUCUUCUCAGUUAUAUUGCAUGA